CACCCACGUAACCAAAAUCCCAUAGAUGGAUUAUACAUGUAUUACGCGAAUAUAUUCCAUGUAAAGUCCACGUGUAUCAUCCAUGGAUGAUACAUGGAACGAUAUUGUCCUAUGGAGAUGGAUGAUUUCAUGGACGAUUUGGGGACUCUCCAUGUAUAGUACAUUAGGUAAUACAAAUGUACUACUUUAUGUAUUUUUAAUGGAUUGAUGCACCUGAAAAAAAAAUUGCUUAAAUUUUAUUAAUUAAUUCAUAUUAUUGUAUAUAUAUUCUUUACACUAUUUACUUUAUUAAUUUAAAAAUUUGCAUAAAGUUAUGCUAACAACACUCAAUCAUAAAUUAAACUACAAAAAACAUAGCUGGAUUUCUAAAAAUAGAGAAAUUAAAAAAUGAUUAAAAUCCUGAAAAUUAAAACUAAAUGAUUAUGAAAAUUCUUACAAUACCUAUAAAUAAUGAAAGGAAAAGAGAACGAUAAUUAAAUGAUUUUAAGAUGUCUAAAACAUCUCAAAUUUUUGUGAAUUUUCUAUAUUAAAAACUCAUUUUUCACUUACCUUAAACAUUACUUUAUGACUUAUUUCACAUUCUUUACCAUUUUUUCGUCAAUUUAUCACCAUUUAAACAUUAAAUUACAUUAUUUAAAUUAAUUUUUCACUUCAUAUUAAUUUUUCUAAAACACAUUUCACAAUAUAAACAAACAAGAAAAAAUACCAAAAUGUUUUUAAUUGUCCGAAUGACCAGAUUUUUAAAAUAUUACAUAGAUGUAUUACACAUGGACUAUACAUGGAAGAACCAUUUAUGUAGUACAAAAGUAAUACACAAUGUACUAUUUUGUGGAAAGUACAUGAAUCUUUCAUCGAUGUCAAUGGAAAAUGUAUGGAAUACUUUGGUUACGUGGGCAUGAUAAUUGACCCAGUUUAUGAUACAGAGUUCUCUCAUACGAUGAAAACAUUCUUCCAUCAAGUGCGCGGGAUUUAAAAUUUAUCCAGCCCAAAUCAUUCGUUUUUAGGACCAACUUAGAGAAUUUAUUUCAAUCGUUCCAAUUAUUGAGAGAAUCUGACAUCAUUGACAUCCUAAGUCCUGUAUUCAAUAAUUAAUUAUUUCCGCAGACCAAUUCCUCAUCCAUUAAAUAAAUGAUUUCACUAAUUAAAAGUUCGUUCCUCAGUUCAAGUUGCUCGCAAAAUUUUCCUACUCAUUUUCAUUUUCUCGAGUCCCAAAAGAAAAGAACUCUGAGCUCACUCAUUUGUGUUUGUUACAUUCAAAACGAUUCGUAAAUUUUCAUUAUAUUUUGACUUUCCUCAAUAUAUAUCUCAGAUGUACAUCAGUCGUUGGAAAGUAAAGACAUAAGAAGACGACAAGUAAAUUACACGAGUGAUCAGUGUUUUUAGGAGAAAAUUUUAUAUAUUUUUUUUGCUGUUUUCGAAGUAAUAAAUUGCGUUUUAAUUGUGAAUGAUAUUAAAAAGUUGUUGACAUUAAGUCGUGCAUUUCAAAGUUACUUGUUUUAAGAGAAUUGUAAAUUGUGUCCUUGAAAGACUAUCUUCAAUUGCGAAUUUAUAAAAUUAGUUAAAGUACAUUAUAUUUUUCUAUAAAGUCUCAAUUACUUUUUUUGAAUGGAUAGCAUGAAAAUGAGACCGAUUCGUAUAAGAAAAAAUUCUAGAAAAUCGUGGACGCAAAAUGGUGAUUCAGACAGACCAGUUAAGAGACUCUUUACACCUGAAAUUAAGAGAUUAUUGAAAGAUUGGUUGGUUAGACGGAGAGACAAUCCAUACCCAAGCCGAGAUGAGAAGAAGGCGCUUGCAGUUGAAACUGGUCUCACAUACACUCAGAUCUGCAACUGGUUCGCAAAUUGGCGGAGGAAGUUGAAAAACACAAGCAUGCAAAAGAAAUCGUGGGGGAAUCUCAUAAAAAAUUACAAUUUUUCAGCUCGUGGAAAUGUCGAGCAAUUUGAGAUUAACAGUGGCGAUUCAAUUUGGGGUGAAGGAAAUGAAUCACUUGGCUCUGAUUCGUUUGAUCAAGACUCAGAAACUGAAGCUCAGGAUUUAUCGAAACCCACAAAUGACAUGCAUUUUGAUGAUCAGCAAUUUAAAGCAGCACUAACAUCAAUGGCACAAUCGCUGCCCAAUCGAUCAUUCUUUAAUUCACAAAGUUCAACACAAUUUGCUAUGAACUUCCUGGCGCAAGCUCAACAAUGCUUCCAAAUCUCAUCAACAACAAAUGACAUGCAACAAAGUGAUCAACAGAAGCAAUUCUUUGCUAAUCCUAAUAAAUUUAAGAAUCAUAUUAUGGAGAAGUACCUUCGUGGCUUAGACGACGAGACAAAUAACAAUAUGAUUAUUGAUAAUGACAUUAAUAUGAAUAACAAUCAAUUACCUGAGAACUACAAGAAACCUGAGCUAUCAAAAUGGCUUGAAAGUACAGCAAACUUCCAGCCUAGCAAGAAUAACUACAAUAUUGAUUUUGACAAGAAUGAAAAGAAGAAGAAUAGCAAGUCAUGUUCUAGUCUAUGUGAGAAAGAACUAAUAGCUGCUGAAACGCUAGUCCUCCUUAAGAAUAACUUUCGUACCAAGUUUUACAACAGCUAGGGAGUCACGUUUUUAGAAUUAAUUGAUAAUAUUUUUUGUUGGAGUCAGUUAAAUGUGGUCAAUGCUUAUAGAAGGACUUUGUUUGAUACUGGAUCUUUAAAUGACUCAACUAGAUAUCGACUCCUUUGACCAAACUUUUACUUCCAUCCUUAAUAAUCAUUACAAUGAUAAUUAAAUUUGUUUUUCUUAUAGUAGAGCAUUCCGAGCUUUGUUGAGUUAGAAGAUGAAUAUUAUUAUUUUUUGUUUCACAUGAAUCCAUUUAGAAUGAGAUAAGAAUGUUAAUUGUGUGAUGUUAUGUAAAGAAAUGAGAACAAAAAAACUUAUUUUCACAUUAUUUCAGAUUCUAUCUUGUUGAUAUUCAAUAGGAAAGAUUUUUUUUAGAUAUUACUAGAUUUGUAGAUGAAGACAUAAAGAUAUAUAUUGUUACAUAAAACAAAGUUGUCAUUUAAUGCCUUCUUUUCAGGAUCCAGUAAAUUUUAAAGGAACUUCAUUUUUCUUUUAAUUCAAUUUAUUAAUUCUACUAUUAUUAAUUAACAUAUUCACGAUUCUGUUGGCUCAAUAUUUUCAUUUUUUACUUCCUUAACAUCAUCGCUUUUCGUGUUUUUACGAGCAUGAGCAUCAAGUAUGUUGACCAAAUUUAAUUGAUGACUUUGAAGAUUUUGUACGAGCUGACUUCCGGCUAAAUUGAGGACGUUGACAAAUUGUGAUCGUAUAAUUUGAAUAUCUGGCAUGUUUCCAUAUGCAACAAAUUCAUUUUUGGACAGCAAUUGACCUUCAGCGAUUCCACAGAGUAAUGUCAUUUGAGGAAUCUUUUUCAGCACUUUCAACAUUGUAGUAACUUUAUUAUGUUCUGUACAGAAAAUGAAGCCAGUCGAAAAAAACUUGUUUUUAUUGAGUUCCAUGAUGCAUUCGUACUUUGUGUCCUGGAGGGCUAGUUUAAGAAGUGAAUUUCCGUACUUUUUGAUCUUCAUGCCUUGUUUGUGUAAAGCAACAGCUGCUUUGAAGUACUCUUCGCCAUUGAUUGGAUUUAUAUGUACAAUACCAACCAUUUUAGAUUGAUCAAACCAAUUUCGAGCUUCCUUUGCCAAAAUCACUUCGUAUGGAUUUACUUCUACUGCCUUCUUCUUGAAUUUUGACUCAUCUAUUGGACAUGGAAUAACUCGUUCCCUUUUCGGGUAUAUAGGCUUUGUCAUAGCUAUAAUAAGUGCUCUGUGAAAAUGUGGCUUCCUUGGGUGCUAAAAUAACAAAAUUAAGGAUAAUUAAAUUUCAUUUCUGGAUGUUCAUAACAAAAUGUUUUCAAACCUGGAUAUUUAUUUUUCCUCUAAAUCUUUUAAAUGCCAAAUUAGGCAGUUGUGCUGUUAGGAAUGCUGUAAAAUUCAAUGAAUAAACGUGUAGCGGCAUGUUAUAAACAAUAAUAAUAGGUUACUACUUACAAUUCCUUAAUAUACUCGUCAUUUUUAUUAAAUGAAAUUAUUUUCGAUUAAUUUUCACGUUACUUAUAAUUUCUCAAGGGUCAGACACUCCAAACUAUUGUACGGUAUUGUACAAUACUUACAAUACUUACAAUACUUUCCAUACAAG